GACGAAAAGAACAAACAGGACAAUCAAAGUGCUACGGAAGACGAAGACAUUGCAGAGGGAUCGUCUAGGACUGAAAGGGUACUUAGAAAAAGAAAAUUUAUAGAUUAUACGGAAACAACAGAUACAGAUUCGGUCAUUGAGGAAACUCCUAAGAUCAAAGUUACCAAAGUUUCUUCGAUAUCUGCCUCAAGUGACGAUGAUGAGACUGAGGAGCAAGAAGAACCAAUUGAGCUUGAUUUGAAAAAUAUUAAAAAGCAAUUGGAGAUGGAACCAUUGUAUAAGUGGGAGGUUGGCAAUAUAGACGUAACACAAAAGUUUCGUAUGUACCAACGAGAUGUCCUUAACAAAAUGAUUAAAAGUAGAUUGACGUGGCACGAUUAUUAUGAGAUUUUAGCAUUUGCUUCAAUAAUGGUAUUAUGUUGGCCGUGCCCAUAUUCAGAAUACUUUACCAAUGAUGAAUGGGACAAAAUAACACGAACAAACCCGUAUGUUAUCAAGUAUCCAAUCAUACCAACAUCAACUUCAGCUGUCCUUAGGGAAGUUGCAAUAAAACACUCAAUGGGCAAAGAAAGUUUUAUGCAACCUCCUGAUGAGUCAUAUUUGAGCAAAGCUGCUGCUCUCACAUUUAACAAUCUACAAAAUCUUCCUCAUCAACCUCCGGUCAAAUCCGAAGAAUUACACUGUGAUAAGCUGUUAUACCCAUACAUAAAUUCUUUGUUUUUCGGGUGCCUUGCAAAUUAUGAAGUUCGACUUAAUCGUGCUGUAUAUGGCACACAAAAACGUCCUGACUUCUCUUGUGUCGUCGAUGAUGUACCUAUACUUAACAGUGAGAUCAAACCGCUUGGAGUGACACCUCUUCAAAGGAAGAAAGACUUCACGAAAAUACAUCUAAGAGCAAAGAAGGCAGUAAAUCAACAAAUAAACCUAAAAGGUGGUCCUGGAGAAGCCGGAUUAUUAACAAAUAUGGGCGAUGAAAUUGAUUCUUUUUUUAUGGAUUUAAGAUUUGGAUUAUAUUGCUCGUGGCCUUUUCACCAGACUGUAUUGAAAAUUUCACAUUUACAGGAAAAAGUUAAUAAGCUUGCCGAGGAUUUCAAAAGACGCAAGGGAUCGUUCACGCCACCCGAACAAAUAAAAUAUAUGAGCGAAUUACCAGAUUCUCCACAGCUCAGAAAAUUGCUUGGAUAA